AUGCCAUUACAAAGAGAAUUAUUACAAACAAAGUUACUUUUAAAGAAGAACUUGUUGGUUUCUAUUAGAUCAUGGGUAUCUACAUUGGUUGAAAUCCUAUCACCUGCAUUCUUUAUAUUGAUUCUAUUAAUCAUUUCAAAAUCACCUUCACCUAUGAGUUCAUUACAAAGACCAGCAAUCAAUUAUGAUUCAAAUAUACCAAUUUGUACACCAUAUGUUCAAGAUAAUUGUGUGACAUUAUUGUAUUCACCAUCCAAUUCGACACUUGUCAAUGAAUUGAUGCAAUUGUUGGCAGAGAUUAAUUCACCUCAACUCAAUAUCUCUACCAAUAUCAAUCAGACUGGUGCUGUUGUGCCAAUGUACUCGGUCGAUGAUAUGAAUGAUUUCAUCGCAAACAAUCCAAAUGUGACAAUGGCUGCAGUCGAGUUUCAAAGCUUUCCAGAGAAUUUCACCGACACUCAUCACAACGAUCCAAUCUUGCACAAAUUCAGCAACUUGAUCAUGUACAAUGUUCUUUGGAAUGCUACAUGUCCCAAUUUCAUCAAUCCAAAGACAUGCAUAGACUAUGCCGUACCAGUCAACGCUGCCAUUCACAAGGCUAUUCACACAUACCAAGCUCGUCGUAAACUAGGUGUUCUCAUCCUCGGCGGUGGUGGUGGUGGUGGUGCACCCCUACCAAACGAUUCAACCAUUCCAAGUAUCACAUUUAGUACAUCAACAUUCCCAUUGUAUGACGCAUCUUUGAAUGCAGUUGGAACGUAUGGAUGUCUCUUUUUCUAUUGUGGAUCGAUGAUUUCAUUCAUCUUUUUAAUGUACAAGGUGUCAUUUGAAAAGGAGAAGCAUCUCAAACAAGGUAUGAUCAUGAUGGGUCUCAACGGAUCGGUCUAUUUUGUCAGUUGGUUUAUCACAUGUCUAGUCAUCAAUGUCUUGUUGACGCUGAUCACUAUUGGUGUUGGUGCAGCAUGCCAAUUCUCAUUCUUUUUGAGUACCAACUUUUUCGUCAACUUUUUGACAUUCUUCCUCUACAUUUUGUGUAUGACGCAGGUGGCCUUUUUCAUCCUCACCUUUAUCCAGAGUACCAAGGCCGCCAUUGGUAUUGGUAUGACUAUCUUUAUCGUCGGUAGUAUCAUCCAGCUCAUCUUUAGUCUCAUGUCCACCUUUUUGUUCCAGAUCCUCUACGAGACUGACAACACCUCGUCUCUGACAGCCCGUGUCAUUCUCUAUGUCUUGCCAAUGUACCACUUUUCAAAGAUUGUCACCGAUAUUAACCAAGUCACACUUCUCAGCAAGUUUACCGGUGUCCGUUUCGACUGGUCCAAUCUCUACGCCAACCUCAACUCACCCACUGCCACCAAUGUCAAUAUCCCAUCCACCUAUGAGUCACUCGUCAACCUUUUGAUCCUAUCGAUUGGUUACACAGUCCUCGCUUGGUACUUUGAACAUAUUGUCCCUGGUAAUGACGGUACCUCUCAACCACCCUGGUUCUUCCUCUUACCAAGUUAUUGGGGUAUCUCUAAAAAGACUCCCAAAUUUGUUGAACCUCCACACUUUGAUCAAGAUAUUCUUGAUGAAAUUGAAAAAGCAAAUGAUCCAAAUAAUCAAGCACCAGUUAUUAUUAGAGGAUUAUCAAAAACCUAUCAUAAUAUGUUUAAUAGUAAAAAAGAUGUAAAAGCAGUUAGAUAUCUUAGUUUAUCGAUUGAAAAGGGAAGUGUUUUAUGUUUGUUGGGUCACAAUGGUUCAGGCAAGUCUACCACGAUUGGCAUGUUGACAGGUUUGAUUAGUCCAUCAUCUGGAGAUGCAAUGAUUUUUGGAAAGAGUGUCAUUAGUGAAAUCGAUCAAGUUAGAAAACAAACCAGUGUAUGUCCACAACACGAUAUUCUUUGGAAUCAAAUGUCGGCCUAUGAACAUUUAGAAUUGUUUGCUGAACUCAAGGGUAUCGACAAAUCACUUAGAAAACAAUGUAUUGAUGACGCUCUAGAAAGUGUACGUCUUACAAGAGUCGCUAAAAAUCAAAUCACCUCUUAUUCUGGUGGUAUGAAGAGACGUCUAAGUAUUGCUAUAGCUACAAUUGGUGAUCCAAAUAUUAUUUUCUUUGAUGAACCAACAGGAUCUUUAGAUGUUGCAUCGCGUAGACAUAUUUGGAAUUUAAUCAAAGAAAUUAAAAAGGAUAAAGUUAUCAUUUUAACAACACAUUUGAUGGACGAGGCAGAUAUGCUUUCAGAUAGAAUCAUUAUCCUUAACCAUGGAGUGAUGGCAUGUAAUGGUAAUUCUCUUCAACUCAAACAUAAAUAUGGAAAUGGUUAUUCUGUCAAUAUCAUUGCUAAAUCUCAAGAUCAUAUUCCUGAAAUUAAAUCAUUUAUGAAUAAUAUUUUACCAAAUAGUAAACUUAUAAUGGAAUCUGCAGAUUACUUAAACUUUGGAAUUCCAUUAAAUACUGAUGAAACAAUCCUUCAAAAAUUCUUCAAGACUCUUGAGGAAUUAUCAACACAGGAAAAUAAUCCAAUUAGAGAUUUUGCAGUAUCCCAAGCUUCAAUUGAUGAUGUAUUUUUAAAUGUAACCAAACUUAAACAUGAAUAA